AUGGCCGGUCGGCCACCGGGUCGGACGUCUCACCAUGACAAUCUGAUCGAUUUGGACGACCACCAGGCCACACAGCCUACACAUUCAACGGCCGCCCAACCACAUGCACACAAUGACAAUGACGAUGGCUUGGCACCCCAAGGCCGACCCUCGGUGUCGUACGAUGACUUUGUCGGAGGCAGACCAAACACGGCGGGCUUACCAGGCGGGCCUGGUGCUCCAACAGGACAGUCGCCCUAUCUACAGACGGGUAACCGGGCCUACUCGCAGACCUCCGACUUGAACAACUACCAGCGGUACUCGGACGCGGACAUUCCCGCCGAUGACGAUCACUCGAUGCAGGGCUUCUAUGCGGCGGGCGGCGCCUAUGACCAGAACGCACCGGGCGUGGAACGCAGCUCAUCCAAAAAGGCUCACAACCGGAAUAGUAUCCUGAGCCUUGGCGGUGGUCUGACAGGCCGAGUGAAGAACAUGUUUGGACGAGGGUCCGAGUACUCGGAAAUGGACUUGCCAUUGACUGAGCACGCCGCACAGCAGGAUCAGCCUGGAGCGAGCGCAUACGAUGACGGCCAGUCUACCAAGAAGAAAUCCGGCCCGGGCACUGGCACCUUCAAGUUUGGCUUUGGGCGUGGCGCCCCGGACCCAUCGACCUUGGGCCCCCGCAUAAUCCACUUGAAUAAUCCACCUGCGAAUUCCCAGAACAGAUACGUCGACAACCACAUCUCGACCUCAAAGUAUAACAUCAUCACAUUCUUGCCAAAAUUCCUUUAUGAGCAGUUUUCAAAGUACGCCAACUUGUUCUUCUUGUUCACCGCGAUCCUGCAACAGAUUCCUGGAAUUUCACCCACUUCGCGGUAUACUACAAUCGUCCCACUCGCCAUCGUCUUGUUGGUGUCUGCGAUCAAGGAAUACAUCGAAGACUAUCGGAGAAAACAGUCGGAUUCCGAAUUGAACAAUUCAAAGGCACAGGUCCUCAAGGGAUCCACUUUUGCCGAUACCAAAUGGAUCAAUGUGGCAGUCGGAGACAUCGUUCGUGUCACAUCUGAAUCGCCAUUCCCUGCUGACCUUGUACUCCUCGCGUCCUCCGAACCCGAAGGCCUUUGCUACAUCGAGACUGCAAACUUGGACGGAGAGACGAACCUAAAGAUCAAGCAGGCCAUUCCUGAGACGGCAGACUUUGUCAGUCCUGCAGAGUUGGCAAGGUUGGGUGGCAAACUGCGCUCGGAGCAGCCGAACAGCAGCUUGUACACUUACGAGGCCACAUUGACCAUCGCAACCGGUGGCGGGGAGAAGGAGUUGUCUCUUGCGCCAGAUCAGCUGCUGCUACGUGGUGCAACGCUCCGCAAUACCCCAUGGAUCCACGGCGUCGUUGUUUUCACCGGCCACGAGACGAAGCUGAUGAGAAACGCAACCGCGACGCCCAUCAAGACAACUGCAGUGGAAAGGCUUGUCAACAAGCAGAUUCUCAUGCUUGUCGUCAUUCUCAUUUGUCUGAGCAUCGUCAGCUCUAUUGGUGAUGUCAUUAUCCAAUCGACGCAGAGAGACAGUCUUGACUAUCUGAAGCUUGAGAAGUUCAACGGCGCCAAACAAUUCUUCCGUGACUUGCUGACAUACUGGGUCCUGUAUUCUAACCUGGUCCCAAUCUCGCUCUUCGUUACCAUUGAAAUCGUCAAAUACUACACCGGUAGUUUGAUCGACUCAGAUCUGGACAUCUACUACGAACCCACAGAUACCCCUGCUAAAUGCCGAACCUCGUCCCUGGUGGAGGAGCUUGGCCAAAUUGAAUACAUCUUCUCUGACAAGACAGGUACUUUGACCUGUAACAUGAUGGAGUUCAAGCAAUCCUCCAUCGCCGGUAUCCAAUACGCCGACGAGGUCCCAGAGGAUAGAAGGGCCACGGUCGAAGACGGCGUCGAGGUCGGUAUCCACGACUUUAAACAGCUCGAGCAGAACCGUCAGACACAUCAGAACAGGCACAUCAUCGAACACUUUCUUACCCUCCUUUCCACGUGCCACACGGUUAUCCCUGAGAGAGGUGGCGAAAAAGACGAGAUCAAAUAUCAGGCCGCAUCACCUGACGAGGGAGCCUUGGUCGAGGGUGCUGUGAUGCUUGGCUACAAGUUCAUCGCAAGGAAACCACGUGCUGUCAUUAUCCAGGUCGAUGGUCGUCAGUUGGAAUACGAACUUUUGGCGGUUUGUGAGUUCAAUUCUACGCGAAAAAGAAUGUCUACCAUCUUCCGCACGCCAGAGGGGAAAAUCAUCUGUUACUGCAAAGGUGCAGACACUGUCAUUCUGGAACGUCUGUCAAAAGACAACCCGCAUGUUGAGACCACCUUGGUUCACCUCGAGGAGUACGCCUCUGAAGGUCUUCGAACGCUGUGUCUCGCUAUGCGCGAGAUCUCCGAAGAGGAAUUCCGCGAUUGGUGGACAGUCUACAAUACUGCUAUGACAACCGUCAGUGGUAACCGUGCAGAAGAGCUGGACAAAGCUGCCGAGCUUAUCGAGCACGACUUUACGCUGCUCGGUGCGACUGCAAUUGAAGACAAGCUGCAAGAUGGCGUCCCGGACACGAUCGCAACACUACAAUCCGCCGGCAUCAAAGUCUGGGUACUGACGGGAGAUCGUCAAGAAACUGCCAUCAAUAUUGGCAUGAGUUGCAAGCUGAUCAGCGAAGACAUGAAAGAUGAGGCCGUCAACAGUCAAAACAUGGGAGGCUCCGAAAUGGAUGUCCUUGCUUUGGUGAUUGAUGGAAAAUCGCUCACAUAUGCCCUCGAGCGCGAUCUAGAAAAGGAGUUUUUGGAUCUCGCAAUCAAGUGCAAGGCCGUCAUUUGUUGCCGAGUAUCUCCUUUGCAAAAGGCUCUCGUCGUCAAGCUCGUCAAACGUCAUCUCAAGGCCAUUUUGCUUGCGAUUGGAGACGGAGCAAACGAUGUCUCCAUGAUUCAGGCUGCCCACGUCGGAGUUGGGAUCAGUGGUGUCGAAGGUCUGCAGGCAGCUCGAAGUGCUGAUAUCGCCAUCGGUCAAUUCCGCUACCUGCGGAAGCUUCUCCUUGUCCACGGCGCGUGGAGUUACCAGCGUGUCAGCAAAGUCAUCUUGUACUCCUUCUACAAGAAUAUUGCCAUGUUCAUGACGCAAUUCUGGUACUCCUUUCAAAACGGCUUCUCCGGUCAGAUCAUCUACGAAUCGUGGACGUUGACCUUUUACAACGUUUUCUUUACCGCAGCACCUCCCUUUGUGCUCGGUAUUUUCGAUCAAUUUGUGAGCGCACGUCUCUUGGACCGAUACCCGCAGCUCUACCGCCUCAGUCAGUCUGGUGUGUUCUUCAGGAUGCACUCGUUCUGGUCUUGGGUUGGCAAUGGCUUCUACCACUCGUUGAUCCUCUACUUUGGCUCCCAGGCCUUUGUCCUAUGGGACUGGCCGCAAUGGGAUGGUCGAAACGCGGGCCAUUGGGUCUGGGGUACAGCAGCCUACACGGCCAAUCUGGCCACGGUCCUCUUGAAAGCCUCGCUCAUCACCAACAUCUGGACCAAGUACACGGUGCUGGCCAUACCCGGCUCCUUCCUCCUCUGGUUCAUCCUCAUGCCCGUCUAUGCCAUUGUGGCGCCCAAAGCCAACAUCUCCCACGAAUAUAUUGGCGUCAUCGAACGCCUCUUCCCCGAUCCCCGCUUCUGGGCCAUGGUCCUCGUCCUCCCCCCACUCUGCCUCAUCCGUGAUUUUGCGUGGAAGUAUGCCAAGAGAAUGUAUUUCCCGCAAAGCUACCACCAUGUCCAAGAGAUUCAAAAGUACAAUAUCCAGGAUUAUCGACCGCGCAUGGAACAAUUCCAAAAAGCAAUCCGCAAAGUCCGUCAAGUACAGCGCAUGCGCAAACAGCGCGGCUACGCCUUCUCACAGACGGAUGAGUCGCAAGCACGUGUCCUGCAGGCCUACGACACCACGCAAGAGCGAGGACGAUAUGGUGAGAUGGCAAGUUCAAGGACGUGA